AUGUUCUGUAAUUACUUUGAUUCUGCACAUUAUCAGAAUUGUGUCUUUACGCAUAUAAAUGUUUUUCCAUCAUCUACAGACCACAACAAUUUUACUGAAGAAGGAAUUUUUGCACCAGAAGAACGGUCUGGUGUCUACAGCGAUAGAGAAUCUCCAGACGACGGCGCUGAUAUGCCUUUGAAUGACCGAAUAUUGUACUAUGCAAUGUACGUACAACAUUUCGGUCUUUCUUUGGAAGAAAUACUACGAAUGGAAGACUUGAUGUCUGUUAUAUACGGGAUCUCACCCCCCAUAACGUACAAUCGACACGUAGUUCCUUUUAACUCGGAAGCAUUGGAGGAAUACGACCGUAAACGAGACUAUUUCUGCUGUGCAUGUGAAGAAAAACUGAAUGAGUUGAGAGAUGAGUGUGGAAACUCUGCUUGCAAACUUUAUCGCGUAAGUAUCAAACGAGCAAAGGGAGUGCAGAGGAUUGAGGUCCAUGUACUGAAUAUGAUCCCUCAACUGUCUGAUGUUAUCCUAAAGGAAAUUAAGCAAAUAAUAGAUGUACAUGGCUCUCUGCACGAAGAUAGGGAAAAUCCUACAAACGACCGAAGUGAUAUACGGCAGUUCGAUGGGUUUUACGAGAACAUCGAAACUGCUGAAGAGUUUAGUCAAAAGCGACUAAAAGUCUUGCUUUCGAUAUCAAUAGAUGGAUUCGUACCAAAACGAAUCACAAGACGCGAGAUGUGGCCACUAUAUCUACGCGUAGAUAACCUUCCACGACAAGAAGCUGACAAAUAUGUCAACUCAUUACUUUGCGGCAUAAUCUACUCUCUAUCAAAACCUAGUAGUAAAAUGUUGGAAACACUAUUUGCCAGACUAGAAUCGGAAUUAACUGCUCUCCAACUGGAACCAAUCGAGAUUGAAGUAGAUGGUCAUUGUUGGUCAAUAGAUGUUAGUUUAUACCGUGGAGUUGCAGACAUGGCGGCUCAAAAGGCACUUUUUGGUAUUCCAAGAUGGAAUUCCGAGCAAGGUUGCUCGAAAUGCUACAUAAUGGGGCAGCGCAUAGAUGGACGCAGAGUCUGGAUAACAGCAGAAGACGAUGACACAAACCUUAGACAUCCCGAGUCUUAUACGGAUGAUGGGCAGAUGGGUACAAAUGGAGUCCCAGAUGAAACACCGAUGAUGCGAAUGAUUGCACCCUGCGACUUCCCUGGUGACGCCCUCCAUGUAUGUUCUGAGGGCAUUACCAAGGAUAGACUACGCGAUCUAUUCCACACAAAAAGCAGGAUUCCUGACUUGAAAAUAAGCAGACAAGGGAUAAGAAGAGUUAAGAAAACUUUGAGAGAGAUGUCAUCGUAUACAUAUGCAAGUAGUUUCAUUCUUUCAUUGGACGAUUUGCGAACUUGCAAGGCAGCAGAAAUUGAUGAGCUGGCUUUCGUUGCUUUUCCACUGACUGCUGCUUCUGGACUUCUACCUUCACCAAUAGCGGCAGUUUCUUUGCUGGGAUACUGGUUGUGUCUCAGAAUCAUUUCUGAUUCGCGAAAUCUGACAACUGCAAGAAUUAAAAAGGCGCAAAAGAUUGCAAACUUGACGAAACAAAUUUGGACAUCUAUCGCUCCGGAAACUUUCACAAUGAAAUGCCACUGGUUUUUUGAUCAUGCAAUGCUCGAGGAGAUUGAGCUUUACGGAUCUACAUACCAGUGGUCGUCUGCUCCAUUUGAAAGCCACCAUCGUCGCCUACAAAUCAGAGUGGACCAGUCGCUAACGAACAGCUCGACUACGAUCAUAGAA